AUCACCAAGCUUAGCCUUACUACAAAAUAAGAAACCAAAAUUUCCAUCCAAACCCAGAGAGGAGAGCUCUUCCCUUCCUUCUGCCACGCCCAAAUUUCCUUCCAAAGUGGAAAAAGCUUCCAUCUUUCCCUCCUCCAUUGCUGCUCCUCCUCUUCAUUAUGCUCCCCCACGCUCCACUCAUUCUCCCAAACCAGUUGCUUUUGUAGCCUUUCCGCCACAGCAAUUUGAUUUUCCCUCCAUUCCAGCUUCUUCCAGAGAGAGGGCUCUCUGAGUUCCCAUUUCUUCUCCAGAUCUACGAGCGAGCAAUAUAAAAAGAAAAAUGGUGGCGGAGACUUGGAUACUGAAGAUGGGUAACCAGGUGAGCAGCAAUUUAAAGCACGCAUUCCUCCUUGAACCCAGCAGCAAGAAGAAAACCCCCAGAAGGGCGGCGGCCACGGAACCCACCAAGCAAACAAUUGGGAUCCUCUCUUUCGAGGUCGCCAAUGUGAUCUCCAGAACCGUCCAUCUCCACAAAUCCCUCACUGAUUCAGAGAUCUCCAAGCUCAAAUCCGACAUCUUGGGCUCUCAGGGGGUCAGGAACUUGGUCUCCAACGACGAUUCCCGCCUUCUGGAGCUUGCCCUGGCCGAGAAGCUAGACGACCUCAACAGAGUCGCCGCCGUCGUCUCCCGCCUCGGCAAGAAGUGCGUCGAGCCGGCCUUGCAAGGGUUCGAGCACGUCUAUGGGGAUUUAAUUAGCGGCGCGAUUGAUGUGAAGGAAUUGGGGUUCUUGGUCAAGGACAUGGAUGCCAUGGUCAGGAGGCUCGAGAGGUAUGUCCACGCCACUGCUAAUUUGUACAGUGAAAUGGAAGUUCUGACCGAAUUGGAGCAAGCUACCAAGAAGUUUCAGAUGAACCAGCACGAGGAAAGCAGGAAAGCGUUUGAACAGAAAGUGCUUUGGCAGAAGCAAGACGUUAGGCAUCUCAAGGACGUUUCAAUUUGGAACCAGAGUUAUGAUAAAAUUGUGGAGUUGCUUGUUAGAACUGUGUGUACUAUUUAUGCUAGGAUUUGUGCUGUGUUUGGUGAAUCCAUGUUGCACAAGGAGAACAGCAGUUGUUCUAUGUCUUCGCUCUCUCCUUCUAGUGCCAAGGAUGAAUGCUGGGAAGUUUCAGGGCAAUUGAAGCGACCCAUUGUGCAGCAGAAGAAGGAGGCGAACAACAAGGUUAGGCCUCACCGGGUUGAUUCCAGGAAGAAUGGAGUUUCCUCUGUGCUUGAAGCUGGUGAUGUCAUGUUUCCUUGUGGGGCGAGCCCUGGAAGGAUGUUCAUGGAGUGCCUUAGCUUGUCUAGCUCAGUGUCAAAGCUGGAUUACGACGAUGACGAGGAUGAUCAAAGCAGCCAAAUCUCAAGCUGCAAAAGUGUGAUGAAUUCUAACUUGAAGAGAGCGCUUAGCCAUUUGAGUAGUGGGGAUGAAAGGCAAGCGGAAACAAGCCCGUUUGGUGGACCGAAGAGCAGAUUGACCAUCUAUGCCCCUCAAAGCACACUCGGAGGUUCUGCUUUGGCAUUGCAUUAUGCCAACGUCAUAAUCGUGAUCGAGAAGCUGCUUCAGUACCCUCAUUUGGUAGGUGAAGAAGCGAGGGAUGAUCUGUACCAGAUGCUGCCAACAAGCUUGAGACUUUCACUGAGGAAGAAGUUGAAGUCGUAUGCGAAGAACUUGGCGAUCUACGACGCCCCAUUGGCCCACGAUUGGAAAGAGAGCAUCGACGGAAUGCUGAAGUGGCUUGCUCCACUGGCACACAAUAUGAUGAGAUGGCAGAGCGAAAGGAACUUCGAGCAGCAUCAGAUUGUGGCAAAGAGUAAUGUCCUGCUGCUCCAGACGUUGUACUUUGCUGACAGAGCAAAGACAGAAGCAGCCAUAUGCGAGCUUCUUGUUGGGUUGAACUAUAUAUGUCGUUACGAGCAACAGCAGAAUGCAUUAUUGGAUUGUGCUAGUAGCUUCGACUUUGAAGACUGUAUGGAGUGGCAGAUGCAGUGUCGAGCUGCUUAUUUUAACUGAUAAAAGAAACACAGCAGGAUGAAGAUCUUGAGGUUUGUUAUACUGAAUUCACUUUGGCUAAUUUGAUUUUGGAGAAAAGAUCCCAGUUGAUUAAUAUUUUGUUGCUUAGCCAGAAGGUAUGCCUUCUGUGGCUUUGGAAGGGAAGUAAGUAUAUAGGAAUGAACUGCCAUGAUUUAUCAAAGGGGAUCUCUUUUCUAAUUGUUGUAUAUUCUUGUGGGUUAGAAUGUAAUUGUCUGCUGCACAGCACUGCAUUGUGGCAGCUUAGUGCUUUCUGUAAAAUGUUUUUACCUGGCCAGCCAGUAUCUUGGAAGGAAGGAAUUAGUGAAUUGACAUGUCAUACUUGUACAACAUCUGGGUUGCCAGUCUAUUCUCUGUUGAACUUGCAUUUGCCUUCUGAAUGACAUCAGAUAUUUUGUACUUGUUGUUUCAUGAAGUUCAGAUGAUUAGGAAGUUGCUUGCUUAAGCUGGAACAAUCCUCCUUACACUAGGUUAUCAAACAUUACAUUAGUUCAUUUGGAAUCAACUAGGGGGAAAGAU